AUGCGCGGUGGUAUUGCAGCUUUGAGCAGCAGCCAACAAAAAGAUCUCCCUAAGUGCCUUAUUCUUCAUCAAUAUCGGGACAGCGUUGUUUGUCGCCGACACGAGCGUGGCUCGGGCAGGGAAGGCCGAGGCGGCGGGCGGGGCAGCGCGCCGGGACUACAUUUCCCAGCGAGCCGCGCGGCGGCCGCGCCGGCGCUGCGGGNCCUGGCAGGGCUCGCUCCCGUCGCGGCCGCCGCGCUGCUCCUGGUGCUGCUGCGCUGCGGCUCCGCCGCCUCCCUGUCACGGCGCGCCCGCCCGGAGGGGCGCAAUGACAGACCCAUCAUCGGGAUAUUGUCACAGGAAUGUCACUUUGAUGAGUACCAGCGAUUUGGAAGAUCUUAUAUUGCAGCUUCAUAUGUGAAAUUUGUGGAAUCUGCUGGUGCUCGAGCUGUGCCAAUAAGAUUAAAUCUUACAGAUGAAGAAUAUGAUAAAUUAUUCCACUCUAUUAAUGGGGUACUUCUUCCAGGAGGUGGUGUGGAUCUUAGGACUUCAGAGUAUUCAAGAGUUGCUAAGAUUUUUUACCACAAGGCCUUGGAGGCUAAUGAUAAAGGAGAUUAUUUCCCGAUAUGGGGAACAUGUCUUGGACACGAAGAGCUUACGUAUCUCACAAGUGGUGAAAUUUUGCUUGUUCGUACCAAAACAAAUGGAUUUUCACUCCCUCUGAACUUUACCUCAGCUGCAAAAGACAGUAAAAUGUUCAGGAAUUUCCCGGAUGACUUACUACGCUCACUUGCUACUGAGCCAUUGACAUCAAACUUCCAUGUAUGGAGCCUCUCCAUGGAGAAUUUCACCAAUAAUGAAAAGCUUCGUAAUUUCUAUAAUGUUCUGACCACUAACACUGAUGAUGAAGUGGAGUUUAUAUCUACCAUGGAAGCAUACAAAUACCCAAUUUAUGGCAUGCAGUGGCAUCCAGAGAAAAAUCCUUUUGAGUGGAAGGAUUCUCCAGGCAUUCCACAUUCACCAUCUGCUGUAAGAGCAGCAUAUUAUAUGGCUGAUUUCUUCGUUAAUGAAGCCAGGAAGAGCAUGCACCAUUUCUCCAGUGAAGACGAGGAAACAAAAGAAUUGAUCUACAAUUAUAAUCCAGUUUAUACGGGAACAUUUUCUGCAUUUCAGCAAACCUAUUUUUUUGAUUGAGUAUCUUGUCAAAGAUGCUGUGAUGUUACUAAUAAAUGGAAUUAUUUGCCAGCAUUGUGUAAUUAAGCUUAUACAGUGUCAGAAAGCUAGAAUAGUUUUCCUUUACAAUGAUUUAUUCUGUGUAUCUUCUGCACUAUUGAAACAUUAAUAUAUAAAUUUACAUUCAAUAACAUAAUAAUCAUCUUGGAUCACAUUUUAAGGCAAGCUACAGAAAAGUUUAUUUUUCUUCCAGGAAGGACUUGACUAUGCUUAUAAACUUUGAAGUAAUCACCUUCGGUACAAGGAAAAGCUUUCAUAUAUUUUUAAAAUAUGAGACAUUGUAAAAUGUUGUGGACUAUGAUAGCACUAGACACUUAGAUACAUCAUUUAGUAAAAUCCUGUCCUUUUCAAACAAUUUAGCAAAUGAAACUCUUGGAUUUGUCAUAGAUAUGUGUAUGCAGCCAAGUUCUUGGCAGGGACUCCUUUGUCAUUUCAAAAAUAGACCAAAAUAGUAAGGCAUGAUAGCAAACAGACAUUUAUGCGUAAGAAGCACGUUGUAUCUCAUUUGUGAAACUGUUUCUCUUGUGCAUUGAGCAUUAUUUGGAGUCCUUAAACCUUGUGAGGCCUUCAUAUCACAAAUAUCACAUAAAACAAGUAGGCUUGGAGGGUACAAUUCAGUGCUGAUUCCACUUUUCAACUCAGUUUUAUAUAUCCUUCAAGAAUUCUUCUUGGAGUAACUGGAGUCAGCAGCCAGAUAUGACAUGCAGACACUCAUUCCUUUGUGUUUAAAAGAAUGUAAACCUAAUUUUUUCUCUAAAGUAUCUGACUUUUGCUGUAGCUGGAUAGAGUUUCACUUGAAGUCAAGAGGUAGAUUGCCAUUCUAUUAGUAAACAAGGUAGUUUCUGUCUUGUUUGAUAGUUCAGUGCAGCUAGAAUUUAAACAGCAGAUGAAUGUAUAUGAGAAACCUGUUAAAGGUAACAUAAUGUGAUAAUAACAGUUGCAUGCAAUACACUGACACCAUUUUUCUCUCUGCUUUGCUCCAGAGUUGGUGAAAAUUUUGUUCAGUGGUUUUGUGUGUUGUCUGAAAAGGAACUAAGGUUAGACAAUAAGAUAACAUUCUCUAGCACAGCUUCCAAACUCUUGUUAACAUUAACAAGGAUUUGGAGUUUAUGAAGAAUUCAGGUUUAUAAACUUCAGCUCUGUUUUGUAGAACUUCAUACUCUCAGGUACCAUAUCUGAAUAAGUCUGGUAAGUUUCUCAGGUUUUUCAAGUAAAACACUCUCUUAACUUGUUCUUUAUCAUGAGGCAUCUGCAUAAGAGAAUGUGAAGUGCAUCAGUUUAAAAAAACAACUAUGAGGAAACAUUAACUAUGACUAGCAGAAAAACACUUCCAGGUAAUUACAAGCUUAAACAUGAGAUAUUUUUACAUUUGUCAUAUCAGCUAACUUAGUAGAUGGUUAUCUUUUUAGUAUAGGUAACUUUAUUAACUGACUCCUGAAUAGAACCAAGUUUAAAAAGAGAGUUGUGCUCUACAGUUGCAUGUAAAUGUAGCAGCUAUGAUAUUUAGAAAUGGAGUCCAGUCUUCUACUUGUUGUUCAGGCUGAGUUCUUUGGAAUAGCUCUAAGAAUUUACCUAAGUAAAAUGGGCAGAGUUUAGCCUUAAACCCAAGAUCAGUGUUGGAAGUGAAAUGUCUGCAAUGGUAGUAAUUAGUUCCUAAAUGUGUAACUAUAAAGAGUAUUGUGUGUAAUAUGAUGAGAGAAAUUUAUAUAUUAUGAAUUUGUAUGUGUCUUUCCUUUAUACCCUUUAUCUUGUAAAGCCUUAUUUGAUGAUAUGCAUGAUUUUUCUAUGAUCCGUGAAAUAAACUUUCAUUCAAGCAGA